AUGAGUGUCCACAAUCUACGCACUCGAGCGCCGUUCCGCCUGUUCGAUGUUCCCAAAGAGCUCAGGCUUAUGAUCUACGAAUUACUUCCAGUCGCUCGCAUACACCGGAAAAUUCAUGACUUUCCGACGCUGGUCGUCAUCUGGUCACCUACAAAUGUGCUACUCACCUGCCGUGCCGUCAAGGAGGAAGCAGCAAAUAUCACCAACAACACUGUCAAAAACUAUAAGCGUUUCCGGCACAAUGUUUUGAUGCAGCGUAGACCCACCAGAGGAAUACUAGAGCCUGCGCAAAUGCUAGUUGCUUGGAUCCCUACAGGGCCAAAGGACUUGAACACUGUCUCCAGCCUCAUCGCAACAGCAUCAAAGUGUUCAAAUUAUAUUCUGGACACUGGGAACCUCCUUUGUCGUGGUUCCCCUAUACCCAAUUUCAUCCAAUCUUUGCGAGAUCAAGACGCAGCAAGACACGUUACUGAAUGGGUCUGGCAAACAGGCCGACGAUUCAGCUUAGACCCAGACUCUGUGGAUCUCGAUAUAGCUGUGACUGUAUCUGAUGACACUAAGUGGCAUGCUAGUGAUAAAUUUGGCUCUGUGUUUACCAAAGCACUCACGGAACCCAACUUCGAAGCGAUUGUUACUGAAGCUCUGCUAAGAGGCCGCCAGGAGGCAGUGACCAUUUCUUUUGGAAUGGCAUCUCCGGUAUCCUCGCAAUUUUUUCUUAUGAAUAGGAAAGACUUAGGUGCAGUAUGCUUGAAAGUAGUGUUGCUCGGAUAUCACAUGGAGGAGGAUGAGCACAGCUACAAGUGGGCUGAAGAUGAGUGGAUAUGA